AUGUCUUCAAUCUAUAAAGCAUUACAAAAUAAAACUAAGGAAAAAACUCCUACCAAACAUAUUAAUAGACAAAGAUUGUUGGUGAUAUCGUCUAGAGGUGUUACCUUCAGACACCGUCAUUUGAUCCAAGAUUUACUUCAAUUAUUACCUCAUGCCAGAAAAGAACCAAAAUUUGAUUCUAAAAAAGAUUUAUGGCAAUUAAAUGAAAUUGCUGAAUUAUACAACUGUAAUAACAUCUUCUUCUUUGAAGCCAGAAAACAUCAAGAUUUAUAUUUAUGGAUUUCCAAACCACCAAAUGGUCCAACUGCUAAAUUUCAUAUUCAAAACUUACAUACUUUAACCGAAUUAAAUUUCAUUGGUAAUUGUUUAAAAGGUUCAAGACCAAUAUUAAGUUUCGAUAAAACUUUUGAAUUAACUGAACAUGAUAAAUUAUUAAAAGAAAUGUUUAUUCAUUCAUUCGGAGUCCCACCACAAGCCAGAAAAUCUAAACCUUUUGUUGAUCAUGUAAUGACUUUUUCAAUUGUCGAUGGUAAAAUUUGGAUCAGAAACUUCCAAAUUAAUGAAACUUUAGAAAAUAAAGAAUCCGAUGAUGUUAAUGUUGAAGAUUUAUCAUUGAUUGAAAUUGGUCCAAGAUUAGUUUUAACUUUAAUUACCAUCUUAGAAGGUUCAUUCGGUGGUCCAAAGAUUUACGAAAAUAAAGAAUAUGUCAGUCCAAACUUUGUUAGAGCUCAAGUUAAACAAAAAGCUGCUGAACAAGCUAAACAAAGAUCAAAAGAUGCUUUGGAUAGAAAAAUCAAACAGAGAAAUCAAGUAUUGGAAGCUGAUCCUUUAUCUAAUGAUUCAGUUUUCAAACAUUAA